AUGCGCCCCCUCGCCGAGCUGCUAAGCGACGACCCCGCGCUCCCCGAGCUACAUGAGUGGAUCGCGGCGUCACCAAGCGCCGUCACCCUCCUCCCUGCGCCCGACUACGCCGGCACCACCCUCCAACAGCUGGGAUUCACGACGGGCUCGUUCCUCGGCACGCUGGCGUACUCCACUGGCGGGAUGAUCGUGGACUACUGGCUGCGGAUCUAUGGCGGCGGCAGUGCGGAGCUACCGCGCAAGUUGGUGCCGCCGGGCACGUCGUUCACUAUCCCCGCUUCGGACGCCACGGCGGCAGGCAUGAUCCUCGUCGGCGACGAUGUCGUCGGCGGGUUCUUCGCGCUCGACGGCGGCGUGCUCGGUAACCCGGGCAAGAUCCACUACCUCGCCCCUGACGCGCUGGAGUGGGAGAACCUCGAGCUCGGGCACGGCGCGUGGGUCGCGUCGAUGCUCAGCGGCGCGGUAAACCAGUUUUACGCCAGCCUCCGCUGGCCUACGUGGAAGGGCGACAUGAAGAACGCCACGGCGGACAAGAGCUUCAGCUUCUACCCCCCGCUCUGGACCAAGGAGGGGAGCGUGGCCACGAGCGAUAGGCGGCUGGUGCCCGUCACUGAGGUGUUAGGGCUCAAGAGGGUGUAG